AAUGGCGAUUACAUCAAAGAUAUCGAGGUGAAUGACCUCCGCAAUCGAUACUUGCUCAUCAAGGAUGCCACAAUCCAAGAGAUUCGCGACAAGACGGGCGCAGAAGUGACGGUGUGUGGCAAGUACUGGCCAGACAAGUCGAUGGCUACUGAAAAAGAUCCACCCAUGUACUUGCAUAUUGCGAGUCGAGUCAAGACACAAGUCGAAGCAGCCGUAGGUAUGGCCAAUAAACUCAUCAAUCAGGACCUCGGACCACUCGUCGAUGAGCGACGUUUCAGGAAACGGGAAGACUUUGAACGAGAUGAAUUUGGCCGUCGGAAAUGGCCAGAGGAGAAGAUACCCGUCGAUAUACCGCCGAUUCGAGGCUUCCAUCUCCGUGCUGCUGUUGUGGGACAGGGUGGUGCGAAUGUCAAGUAUGUGCAAGCAGAGACACGUACGCGGAUACAGGUCAAGGGGCAAGGUUCAGGGUUUGAAGAGACGAGUACGGGUAGAGAGAGUGAUGAACCGAUGUACAUGCACAUCACCGGACCCGAUCAAGCGGAAGUUGUACGUGCACGCGGCAUGAUUGAGGACUUGCUCGUUUCUGUUCGUGCGCAGUAUGAAGAGUACAAG